GCUGCAACAUGUCGGCAGGAUCGAUUGAGAUCCCCUUGCGGGAUACCGAUGAGGUGAUAGAACUUGACUUGGAUCAGCUCCCGGAUGGAGAAGAGGUUCUUAGUAUCCUGCGCCAGGAGCAGGCUCAGCUCCACAUCUGGGUCAGCCUGGCGCUGGAAUAUUACAAGCAGGGCUAUGUCUCUGACUUUGUCAAACUCCUGGAGGCCUCCCGGGCUGAUGCCAGCCUGGACUACACAAACUUUGAGCGAGAUCAGAUGCGAGCCCUGGACACGUUGGCUGCAUACUACGUCAUGCAGGCCCACAAGGAGAAGAAUAAAGACAAGAAGAGAGAGUUGUUCACUCAGGCCACGCUGCUCUACACCACUGCUGACCGCAUCAUCAUGUAUGACCAGAACCAUCUUCUUGGCCGUGCGUACUUCUGUCUCCUCGAGGGAGACAAGAUGGACCAAGCCGACGCACAGUUCAACUUCGUCCUUAACCAGUCCCCCAACAACAUCCCCUCCUUGCUGGGUAAAGCAUGUAUUGCCUUCAACAAGAAGGACUACAGAGGCGCUCUGGCUUUCUAUAAGAAAGCUUUGAGAACCAACCCAAACUGUCCAGCUUCUGUGCGACUUGGGAUGGGUCACUGCUUCGUCAAACUCAACAAAUUUGAGAAAGCCAGGUUGGCAUUUGAGCGCGCGCUCCAGCUGGAUCCGCAGUGUGUCGGCGCUCUGGUUGGAUUAGCCAUACUGGAGCUGAAUGAGAAGACCCAGGACUCGAUCAAGAAUGGGGUCCAGUUACUCUCCAAGGCGUACACCAUUGACCCUUCCAAUCCCAUGGUUCUAAACCACCUGGCCAACCAUUUCUUCUAUAAGAAGGACUACCAGAAGGUUCAACACCUUGCACUCCAUUCUUUCCAUAACACUGAGAAUGAGGCAAUGAGAGCAGAGAGUUGCUACCAACUAGCCAGAGCUUUUCAUGUACAGAAUGACUACGAUCAGGCGUUUCAGUACUACUACCAGUCUACCCAGUUUGCUUCGGCUAACUUUGUACUGCCACACUUUGGCCUGGGACAGAUGUACAUCUACCGUGGAGACACAGAAAACGCUGCACAGUGUUUUGAGAAGGUGCUGAAGUCUCAACCUGGUAACUAUGAGACUAUGAAAAUUUUGGGCUCCCUGUACGCUAACUCUGAUGAAACAGAGAAGAAAGACACAGCUAAGCAACACCUGAAGAAGGUGACUGAGCAGUUUCCUGAUGAUGUGGAGGCCUGGAUAGAACUGGCUCAGAUCCUGGAGCAGACUGAUGUACAGGGUGCCUUGUCUGCAUAUGGCAAGGCCACAAGGAUCCUGGAGGACAAGGUCCAAGCUGAUGUACCCCCAGAGAUACUCAAUAAUGUGGCAGCUUUGCACUUUAGGCUUGGCAAUUACCAGGAAGCAAAGAAGUACUACGAGGCUUCUCUAGAUCGCUCCCGUAACGAGGCCCAGCAUGAUGAGCCGUACUACAGCGCCAUCUCGGUCACCAUCACCUACAACCUCGCCAGGCUCCUGGAGGCAUCCUUUGAGUAUGACAAGGCUGAGAGACUCUACAAGAGCAUUCUCAGAGAGCAUCCCAACUAUGUGGACUGUUACCUGCGACUGGGCUGUAUGUGCAGAGAUAGGGGACAGAUCUACGAGGCUUCUGAUUGGUUCAAGGAGGCUCUGCAGAUCAACCAGGAUCACCCUGAUGCCUGGUCCCUCAUCGGUAACCUACAUAUCGGCAAGCAGGAGUGGGGACCUGGACAGAAGAAGUUUGAACGUAUCCUUCAGAGACCCAAUACAAAAGAUGAUGCCUACUCGCUGAUUGCUCUGGGGAAUGUUUGGCUUCAAACACUGCACCAGCCCAUGAGAGACAAGGAAAAGGAGAAGCGUCACCAGGAUCGAGCUUUGGCCAUGUACAAACAGGUGCUGAGGAAUGAUGGCAGAAACAUCUGGGCAGCCAAUGGCAUAGGAUGUGUUCUUGCCCACAAGGGCUGUAUUAACGAGGGUAGAGACAUCUUUGCCCAGGUGCGUGAGGCGACAGCUGACUUCUGUGAUGUCUGGUUGAACAUCGCCCACAUCUAUGUGGAACAGAAACAGUAUGUUGCUGCUGUACAAAUGUACGAGAACUGUUUAAAGAAGUUUUUCAAAUACAACAACACAGAUGUUAUGAUGUAUUUAGCCAGGGCAUAUUAUCGGGCAGGAAAACUAAAGGAGUGUAAGCAAACACUUCUGAAGGCACGUCAUGUUUCCCCCAGUGACACAGUGGUGCUAUAUAACAUUGCCUUAGUCCAGCAGAAGCUUGCCACAUCCAUCCUCAGUGAUGAGAAGAGUAACCUGAAGGCAGUGUUAGGAGCUGUCAGAGACCUGGAGUUGGCACACAGGUAUUUCUACUACCUUAGCCAGCAUGGGGACAGAAUGAAGUUUGAUUUGGCACAGGCAGCAGCAGAGGCCAAGCAGUGUACUGACCUGCUGAGUCAGGCACAGUACCACUUGUCGCGGGCGCGUAGGAUUGAUGAGCAGGAGCGUGAGGUGAGGCGCAGACAGGAGGAGGAGAGAGAGGCCAUCAAACAGAAACAGAUGGAGAUCCAGAUGGAGAAGCAGAGACAGAAGGAAGAACAGGUGCGACGUGUCAUGGAGCAACGCCAGGUGUAUGUGGAGAAGGCACGUAAGAUCGUCCUGGAACCAGAGCCCGAGGAGAGAUCCCGAAAGUCUGGAAAGAAGAAGAAGAUGGAUGAGGAUGACUUUGUGUCUGAUGGAAGUGGAGACGAGUUACCGCGCAAGAAAAAGAAGCGGCGAGGUGGGAGCGGGUCGGAGGGUGAAGGAGAUGACGAUGGUGGGAGACGGAAAGGCAAGCGUCGAAGGGAUAGGGAAAGCUCCAGAAGGGAACGCAAGGGGAGGAACCCCCGGAAACAGAAGGAGAGCAAGAAGAAGAAGAAGGACGAGGGUGAUGAUGGGCUGACGGCCAAGCAGAGACGUAAGGUCGUGUCUAAGGCUAUCAUCUCCUCCAGUGAGGGCUCAGACUCGGAGGGAGAGGAGAAACUGAAGAUUGCUGGGAGUGGCAGUGAAAGUGAUGGUGGCAGUGGAAAUGAAGCAGUCGGAAAACGACGCAGAAUUGUGUCUUCUGGGAGCGAGAGUGAUGAAGGGAAGAGGAGUGGGAGUGAAGGUCGUAGGAAGCGGUCGAGGUCAGGGUCACGUUCUGGAUCUGGAUCAAGGUCAAGAUCUGGUUCCGGAUCUCGUUCCCGCUCAAGAUCCAAAUCUGGAUCGCGGUCACGGUCUAGAUCCAAAUCUGGAUCGCGAUCACGGUCUAGAUCCAAAUCUGGAUCCCGCUCGCCAUCAGGAUCAAGAUCACGAUCAAGAUCCAAGUCAGGAUCCCGCUCCAAGUCAGGAUCAAGGUCAAGAUCCCGCUCCAAAUCUGGAUCAAGGUCAAGAUCCCGCUCCAAAUCUGGAUCAAGGUCAAGAUCCCGCUCCAAAUCUGGAUCCAGAUCAAGGUCACGCUCCAAAUCUGGAUCACGGUCAAGGUCGAGAUCUAAAUCUGGGUCUCGGUCUCGAUCACGGUCUAAGUCCAGAUCUAAGUCCAGAUCUCGGUCCCGAUCAGGCUCUAGAUCUGGGUCAGGCAAUGAAGGACAGGGGUCUGAUAGGGGCAAAUCUGGAGAUGAGGGGGGCAAGUCUGGGGCAGAGGACAGCGACUGAUGGGAUAACAGCGAUGGGCUGAUAAAGAGAGGAGGGGGACAAACGGGGGACUGUAACUUCUGUGUUACAGUGUACUCUGGAAAUUGAUGAUGUGUACUAGUGUACAGAAGGCAAUGGCUUUUGGUUUCUAUCACCAAUAUCAUACAGAUUCUCGUAAUUUAGCCAAAAGCAGUGAAUUAGCCAGAAGUAGUGAUUGUUUAAGCCAACUGUGAGUUAUUAGAAUAUGAUGUCAUAUCUAAAGCUAUCUUGCAUGUCAACCCAUCCGUACACAGUUUCAUUUUUUCUGUACCUUACCACAUUUAACCAUUUAUAAGUCUCCCUUGUCUUGUGAACAUAUAUUUGAAUAUAAACAUUCAUUCAGAACAUUGGUACAAAAAUGUUUUUCUUUGAAGAAGGAGUUUUGUUUUAUUUUUGUUUUGCUUUGCCAUUAACUUGGCACUGUAAAUAAGUUUGCAUGUUAUACGAGCAAUGUGUGGUGGUUUCUGACAAUGAGGCUGCAAAAACAUGAUUUUCAGUGUACAUUUAAUGUAUCAUGAUGUUAUAUGCUUAUUAUAAAAAAAAAGUUUUGUAUCUAUUUCGAAAUAGUGGCCUCCGUUGCCGAAGGGGCUAGCAGGCAAUGACCCAGGAGCCUCCCGGCAAUGCUGUUGCUGUGAGUCCAGCUCAUGCUGGCCUCCUCUCCGGCUGUACUUGGGAAGGUCUGCCAGCAACACCAAUCAAAUAAAUAAAUACAUUUUGAAAUCAUUUGGGUGAAAAAAAAAUAUUGUCAAUUUAUGUCAGCAUAGAGAGUUUCAAGUCCAGAUCUGUGUGUUAGAGACAGAGAAGUCACAUUUCAGAACUUCAUGAACUCAACCAGUUUUUCCUAUGUAUAUUAAGUCCCUGUGUGUGUAAGCUAAAUUUUCAGAUGUAUAUAACAAAAGCAGUUUUAUUGGUAGUAUAUGAAAAUUAUAUUUGAAUAAAGGAAAAUAAACUUGGUCUGUUUGGUUUAUUUCUGUUCUUGUAAGCAAACUCUCAAAUAAAGAAUUUAUGGACUUUCUAUGGGUUUGUUUUUGCCUUUUGUUUGGUUUCGUUUUUUGUUUGUUUUCGGAUUCCCCAAUUCCCAAUCUGGAAGUAUUUUCCCAUACACAUGCAAAUGGAGUUCUCAGACCCACGUGACCUCGAAAAAGGCUUCACCCGACACGACUGUCGCAUUGAGCUGAGUUGAGCUUUAAGCUUUCGCGUAUGCUAAUCUUAACGUUUGCAUACCACUUGUCUUCCGCCAAAUUCAUGAUAUGCAUCCUU